AUGUCGUGGCUGACCAACUGGUUCGCUACUUCGAAAAUCACUUCUCUCCCACCACAGCCAGCAACAGACAAGCCACGUCUACUGGAAGAACCAGCGCCGAAACCAGAACUCCCCUCUUCCCAAACAGCGUUGACAGAGCCGCAAUCGACUCCUCAACAGGCUCCUCGGGCUGAAAGACCCCAUCGCAGCAAGGUGAUCCUGGGCGCAGGCAUUGCAUUCUUCGGACUGUCGCUUCUGAUCACACGAAGGGCGUUCGCCCGGAAAAGGUUUACAAAUCCUGGGUUCUACGCCUCGAGUCCGGAAGCUCAAGCCGAACAAGCAAAGAAAAUCAAUGGGGCCGUAGAAGCACUGGAAGCAUUGAACAUUGCCACGAUCAACGUCGCCAGCGUCGCUAUGAUUGGAACCGGCAGCGCGAUGUGGUAUUUGGACAUCAACAGUAUGGAAGAUGUUCGGCGCCUGGUGAGAGGCGGAGCAGGAGUGGACGGGACAGGGCGGACCGAAAAAGAAGCAGAAGAAGAGUUUGAAGAGUGGAUGGCAACUACUCUGGCGAGAAAAGAGAAGAAAGAAUCUGGAGCUGGCGAAAGGAAACAGUGA